AUGAGUACGAACCCGAGUGUAUCUUUGCAGGCGGCUUUUGGACUCUUUGACGACGACAACAGUGAUCACGAGGCAGCAACAUCAUUUGUAACACCUCAUGAGUUUAUGUGUAUCAUACCUCCUACUGCUACGUCUUCUACCGUUACAAAAGAGACACAGGAAGCAGCAGUUCAAGUCAUACGGAAUUUGUAUGAACCUUGGAACGAUGUGAAGCCACUGGUAGUGGGACCCAUUGACCUGAUUACAAACUUUAAUGACGUUGGAGGAUCACGUGGCUACGUGGCGGUAAAAGACUUGAAGCCGGGCACAAAGGUGCUAGUGGAGCACGUGUACGUCCCUUGGCCGCGUCACGUGGAUACGUCAGACCCCGAGUUUUUUCUAGCCACGAUGGAAUCGAUAUUAUCUCGGCCUGAUUAUUCAAAAAUUAUGAAACACUUGGGUCAUCUGUACCCUGAGCAAGUUAGUGAUUUACCAGAAGAACUGCUCGCUGCUGGAAGACAAAAGUACGACCCACAAGUGAGCGAGUUGUGCAAAAACUUCAGUGAGUUGGCACUCUCGCAUGAUCAAGUGCUGCAAAAUGUAUUUGCGAUGCAGUGCAAUGCAUUCGACAGUGGUGUUUUUCUGUACAAUGCUAUGUUUAAUCACGACUGCGAUCCGAAUUGUGUCAAGUUUACACCUGAAGAUGCCGGACCAGAAGGUGGAGUGUCAGACGUGCGGGUGGCACGACCUAUCGUCAAAGGGGAACAGCUAACGAUUUCGUACUUAUAUCCGCGCGAACAAAGCCGUGAAAAUCGACAGAAAAAUCUGUGGGAGCAGUUUGGCUUUGUGUGCAAAUGCCAGCUCUGUCAACGAGGUGAUAGCGUGAUGCCUCCACCACCGAGUGCUGCAGAAAGUAUUGAUGGCACGAAGCCGAGUAUGCAGGACUUAGAGAAGAUGCUGGUUGGCGCGGAGGAGACUAUCAAGACACACCCGAAAACUGCUGCUGCUGCACUGUCAGUGGCACUCGAGAUGCUCUCUGAUGCGUUGGAAAUUGCAGCGCACGAUCACUUGGUAUUCAUGCGCAUCCACAAGUUGGUAGCGGACUCGUGCGACCUGCUUUUGUGUGCAAAGACUGAGCGAGUGUGUGAAUACUCAAUCCUAUUUUUACGUAGCAGCUAUGAACUACUCGAGCUACAGCGGACGUAUCUGAACCCAGACCACAUCGACCUCGCCCGUACGCUUAACGAUGUUAGCCAGGGUAUUCAACUAUUGCUGUCAUACGACCCUAAGGUGCUGCUCACCGAGUUUCCUGAGUGGAAAGACUUUCGCCAAGCUUCAGUGGUCGAAAACCAGUAUCGUCAGGAGUACAGACGGCUAAAGCGGUUGUACGCUUAA